AUGUCAUACCCUAAGAGACAUCCAGCUAUAGCAGUCAAUACCGAAAAGGACUUGAGAUAAAGUUAGAGAAAAGAGCAGAUGAAAAAUCUAUUGAUCUCAAAGUUAAGAAGCAAAUUCGGAGUCAACCCUUCAGAAGAUUAUGACUCUGACUAAAUAAUUAGAGAAGAAGUUGAAACGUUUAUUAAUAACGAGUAAAUGACUGAGUAGAAUUUAAUCAAGCUUGAUAAGAAACUCACUGAGUUAAUCGGAGGUAGAUAUUCAGGCAAACCUAGAUAAAGGUCUAUUGGUGAUAAUGGGCGUUUACGAAUGAGCUCAGACUAUGGAUAAUCUGGAGAUUAUUAGGCAAACAACAAUAACGUGCACAGUCACUAAUCUAAGAGGUCAGAGCAAAGUAGACAGUCUAACUCCUCUUACAGAUCAAGGUCGAGUGCAAUCAAAGAUGCAGGCUCCAGGAUUAUCUAGUAAUCAAGUUAAAAUUAGGGUCCUUAGAUGACAACAACUGAUCAGCCAGAUGAUUAUUGGAACAAGAUUAUAAUGCAUAAUGUAGACUAAUUUCAUAAAGAGCAGGAUGAAGCAAAGUAAAAGAUUCGUGAAAAUCAGCAAAGAAUGAAGGAGGAACUUGAACGAUAGGUUCAAGAGUCUAAGAAAGCAAAGGAGGUUUAAAAAAGAGAGGAGUUGGAGUAUGUAAAGAUUCAAUAGGAACGAGGAAUGCUUGAACAAUAGAAGGAACAGCAAAAAGCUUAGGAAUUCAAGUAAAAACUGAUAGUUGAGAAGUCCAUUAGAGAUCAGUAGCUUCGAGACAAUGAACUUAAGAGGUAGGAAUAGCAGAAAAUGGAAAAACUAAUGGAAGAAGAAAGAAGAGCUAGAAUUGAGAGAGAGGCUUAUGAAGCCAAGCAAAGAGACAUUGUUAAGUAGAUCAGCAUCAGAGAUCAAGUAAAAAAGCAAAAGCUCGAAACUGAUGCACACAAGGAAUAAUCUCGUCGUGAUCAUUAUGAAAAAUUAAAUAGAACCAUAAAUGCGGAAGCUCAAGACAUGUUUGAUCCAAUUUUCGCUCAAAAAAAGAAUAUAUCAUUGGAAAAGAGAUUAAUUACUGACAAGAAAAUCGAACUUAUAAAGGAUUAAAUAAUUGGCGAUUCAGCUAAGAAAAAUGCUUAGAUGGAUAAGACAAUUGAGAAGGUUUAGUAGGAGUAGUUGAAUUACUUGGCUAAGCUAGAGGAAUAGAAGAGAAAAGAGAUGAAACUGAAGGAAAUGGAGACCAAGAAGUACCUUGAUUUGUAAAUGCAAGAGAAACAGGCAAAGCACUCAUUGAAUAAGAUGUAGGACAACAUGGAUGCCAAGUACAUCAACUAGGACGUACGAGCUUAUGAAGAACAAGAGAGAAAGAGAAGGGAAGACACUGACAAGAUCAUGAGAAACCAUCAACAAAGCCUGUAAUAGCAAAUAGAGAAAAGCAAGCAAAAGGACGCUAAAAUGGUUUAGCAUGAAUUCCAGCUAAAUAAAAAGAUCAUUGAAUCAAUUGAAAAUAAAUCACAAGGCUCGCCCAUCCCUAGGAAACCAUUUUGA